UCAAAUGUGAGCAAUAACAAUAUGUUUACAUUAUUUCAACUGUCAAUCGUAAUUUGUGAGUAGUUUUUAAAACCAUCUGGGAUACUUGGAAUAAGAUUAUUAAAUUUUUUCACUACAUUAUAAAUGUACUUGGUGAAUUAAUAUAAAUAAUAAAUAUGGAAGUUAAUGAUGGCCCUUACGAGGAAAGGAUUUUCAAAGUUGAAAAUGAGGAAUUUCAAAUUGAUGAAAAUGAUUGUCAAGGAUCUUAUUUAUGUCAAUCUGUAGAUUUUGUGAAGGAAGAGGAACUUGAAAAUAAUUCAAUAACUGCUGAGGAAAUUACUGUUGUACCUGAAUUUAUCAAAGAAGAACCUGAAGAUACUGACGAUGAAAAUGAUAAAAUUUCAAUUUCUACUGAAGACCCCGACGCUGAAAAAACCGACACCACCUUACCAGAAAAUACAAUAGCAAAACGUACAAGAUCCAAGCGAACUUCAAAAUCUUCACCAAAAAUCAGUAACACAAAAAAGAAGACUAAAAAAUUAAAUCCAAAAAGUAUCAACUCAGAAUCAAAAAAAGUUGCAAAAAGCACUUUGCAAACAGACACAGCUGAAGUUUACACAUGUAAAAUAUGUUCAGCGAAAUUCUAUCGAAAAGGAAACUUCAAUAAACACAAAGUAGUCCAUACCGACGAAAAGCCUUUUGGAUGCAAAUUAUGUCCCUUGAGAUUCAAUCAAAACAGUUCUUUGAAGCGACACAUGCACACGCAUUCUGAGGAGAAACCUUAUGCUUGCAAUAUGUGUCCCUGGAAAUUCCGACUGAACCAUCAACUACAAUCUCACUUGAGCACACACAUGGAAGAAAAGCGCUAUACAUGCGAUAUCUGUUCCGGAAAAUUCCGCCAGAAACAUAGCUUGAGAAGACAUCUUAGUAUCCACUUCGAUGAAAAACCUUUUUCUUGCGAUGUUUGUUUCCGGAGCUUCCGAGAACGCGGUCAAAUGAAGAUUCACAAGCGAAUCCACUCUGGAGAACAACCCUACGCUUGCGAAAUUUGUCCUGCGAAGUUCCGCGUAAGAGGUUUGCUGAACAGACACAAACUAGCUCAUGCUGAAGAAAAACCUUAUUCUUGCAAUUUUUGUCCUGCGACUUUUCACUUAAAGUCGAGAUACAAAACCCACAUGCUUAUUCAUACAGGAGAAAAACCCUACCAAUGUGAGGUUUGUUCUGCGCAAUUCAGACAUAAGUGUUCGUUAAAUAAACACACUUUGAUUCACACUGGAGAAAAACCUUACACUUGCGAGGUUUGCUUGAAGCACUUUCGCGAAAAAGGAACUUUGGAUAAACAUAUGGUUGUUCAUAUUGAAGGUAAACCUUUUGGCUGUGAUUUCUGUUCUUUCAAAUCCCGCCGGAAGAAAGGUUUGAACGCGCAUAUGAAAAUUCAUUUAGACGAUUUUGCGUUGGAGAAAUUUUAUUUUUAUAAAAGUGUUUACUUUUUGUUAGAAAAUAAACUAUCAAGAUUUGAAAAAAUGAACAUGGAAGUUUUGCCAUUCGAAACAGUGGUUAUAAAAGUUGAAAAGAAUGAUGAGGAAUGGCGAAUAAAUGAAGUUCUGGAAAAUCCUUUAGAUAUUGGACAAUUAGAAGAUGAACCUGACGUAAAUUCAGUGGCUUUAAAAGAUACUAUUGAUGUACCUGAUGUCGAAGUUAUUGACAGUGUAAAUUUUACGUUUGGAGGAUCAGGAUCAGUUUUAAAUAUUGAAAAAAUUGACGAGGAGUUAAACGCAAAUCGAGAUUUUCCGAUAGAUAUUGACGAAAUCAAGAUCGAAAAAACUGAAGAUCCAACAAUUUAUUCAAAUAUUACCGAUGUAUCAAAGAAAACAAAAAUCAGAAAAAAUGUAGCAAAAGAUCUCCAAGAUAUUCCCACUGAAGAAGCUCCAAAAAAUGAAUCCAUGUGGAAAACCUUCAAGUGUGAUAAAUGCGCAAUGGAAUUUGUCAACGAAAGUUCUCUGGCGACUCACGCGAAGAAAUACAAAUUCAACUGCGACGUCUGUCCAAAGUGUUUCAUAUCAAGACAAGGAUUAUGGUACCACUUGAAAUCGCACUACGGUCCCAAACCAUUUAAAUGCGAAGUAUGUCCGGCUGACUUUGAAUUAAAAUCCGGGUUGAUAGAGCACUCAAGGACUCAUGCAGGAGACAUGAGCUUCUCUUGUACCCUUUGUGCCUACAAAACUCGGUACAAAAGUUCCUUGAACAGACACGUUCGUGUUCAUACCAAAGAGAAGCCCUUUGCAUGUGACCUCUGUUCCGCGACUUUCCGGGAACAAGGUCACUUAAAGAGACACAGUCGGAUUCAUACUGGAGAGAAGCGCUACACCUGUGAUGUCUGUUCCGCAAAGUUCAGGGAGAAGAGCACCUUGAGGCAGCACAUUAUUAUUCACACCGGGGAAAAACCUUACACUUGUCCUGUUUGUGCGGCAAGCUUUAGGCAGCAGAAUCAUUUGGAUAGACAUAUGGUCAUGCACAAUGGAGAAAAAAGUUAUGCUUGUCAAUUUUGUUCCUUGGAGUUCUAUGGAUUGAGUAGUUUUGCGAAUCACGUACUCACUCACAAUCUUGAAAAAGAAUAAUUUUUUUUUUGGAUGUGAUAAAUUAUUAUCCAGAUUUAUUUAGAAAUUUUUUUCUAAAAGUUAAAAUUUUUUUUUAUUAUUAUUAGAGUUAAUAAGUGAAUAAGACGGUGAUUUUUAUUUUUAUGAUGUUAUUUAUAAAAUUAACACUGAAAUAAAUAUAAUAGCUUAGAAUAUUAGUACUGAGAUAAAGAAACAUUUGAUGAUUUUUAUAUUUUUUUUACUAGUAAAUUAUGACACUGAAAUUAAAUCAGCUGACAUCUGAAAAU